GUCGCCGGGCUGGACCUGGAGACCGUCCACGCGAUCUUGCGGCACAAGCCUUCCUUCACUUGCCGCUGGUUCGAGGGCCUUGAUAUCGUCCUCCAGGACGCGUUGACUGCCGUGGUCGAGAUCGAGGUCGAGCUGAAAGGCGGGAGGACGCUCAAGGCGCAGCAGCAGCUCGCGGUCGCGGACCUUCUGCAGGCCGUCGACAUGACCUUCGAGACGUCGAUGAGGCUGGAGGACGCCACCGACAGCGCCUACCAGUCCAGGGUCAUGCUCGGCCGCCGCAGAUCUGCACGCCGAGCAGACAGCGCCGGGGCGGGCCGAGCAGACACCGCCGGGGCCGUGCAGGAGGAGAAGUCCGAGGAGACCGAGGGGUCGAGAUCGUCAUCUAUCUUCGGCCGGUUGUCGAAGGCACGCGCGUCGGUCAUGGACACGAUCUUCCACUACGAGCAGGGGGCCGAGCACGAGCACGAACCCGAGGUGUUCGACUUGGACAUCAUGUUCUCACUCUACGGCCUGACGCCAUACAAGCGCGGCCAGCUCGAGCCGCCGAGCCGGGGCGUGCCGGACACGUCCCCGCCGCCGCUCGCCAGCUAG